CGCCCGCCAGGGGGCGCUCGGCCGGACGCCGACCCCCGGGAGCGGCGGGGCUGGAGGAGGCGGAGCCCAGCCUGGCAAGAUGGCGCCGUCCGCCUUGCUGCGCCCUUUCUCCAAGCUGCUGGCCCCGGCCAGGCUCCCGAGCGGCUCUUCAGCGCGGUCAAAGUUCUACAUUCGGGAACCGCCACAUGGCAGACCUGACUGGCUGAAGGUUGGACUGACCUUGGGCACCUCCGUUUUCUUGUGGAUGUGUCUCAUCAAACAACAUAAUGAAGAUGUUUUAGAGUAUAAAAGAAGCAAUCGGUUGGAAUAAACUUUUGAAAUACCGAUACAGUAUAUAGUGUUUAUAGCAGUUCCUCUGGAUUCACCAAUCUGUUGAGCUGUAAAUGUGAGAGAAAGAGUUACAUGUGAACGUCAAGUCAGCAUUUGUGUUUCACAUAAUUAAAUUUAAAAAUACUUCUGUAUUCUUCAGAUUAUGUACAUUGUGACAAUGUAUAAAAUGUCAAUUCUAACAUAAAUUACUAGAAGUAUUUUAAUGUGGAAAGUACCAUCUGAUAAUAGGGUCAGUGGUAAUUAAGGACACAUUGGUAAGAAAACUUUUUAAGGAUAUAGAUUAAAAAAAAAAUCACUGCUGAGGAUUUACUCCUUCUGUCAACUUCUAAUUUCUAAUGAGAGCACUUAUUUAGUGAUCAGGUUGAUAGAACUACUCCUAGUCUAUUAUUUAAAAUACAAAAGAACCCAAAUACUAUUUUCUUCUUACCAGAGUUUCUUCGGACUCCAUUUCCUUGAGUUUGAAUGAUUUUCAUUUGGGUGACUGUUUUUACACCGGUAUGGCAACAGUUGGCUCUUUUUGCUAAUAUGACUUUCAUCCAAUGAAUAACAAACUAUUCAAAAAAAGGAGUUGGUGAGAGCUAAUAGAGACAAAUGAAAAAACACUUCACUUAUCCCUUAUCAAAACCCUUUCUUGUGAAUCAGUUAACACCUAUUUAUAUGCCACUUCAUUAACAUAUAAUUUAAACACUUAAUGUAUUAAUACUAUACAUUUAAAAGUGUAUUAUUUGUAUCUGCAUUCUGAUGUUAAAUAGAAAGUUUCAUUGCCUUAUAAAUGGCUUUGUGUUUUGGGCUCUGGCCAACACUUACUCUGGGAGAUUCAUGGCCCAAUACCUUUGGAAGUCACUUCUGAACAUAAAUUCAGAGUUACAUUAUCUCAGAAUAAGUAUUUAAUCCAAAUUCAGUGAAAGACCAGAUAAAACAGUAACUAUUAACUUUUGUCAAUUUGGAGUCCUAGCUGGUAGAACUGGAAAGGACCUUAGGGGGUCAUAUAGACCAAUUCCAUAAUUUUACAAAUGCGAAAACCAGAGGUAAAGAGUCAUUUGCCCAAUAUCACUGGAAAGUAGAAUGAUGGACUCUUAAAGAUGACCAUGUCCUAUUCCCCAGAAUUUGUAUAUAUGUUAGGUUAGGUUAGGCAAAGGGGAAUUAAGGUUGCAGAUGGAAUUAAAUUUGCUAAUCAACUGACAUUGAGAUGGAGAGAUUAUCCUGGAUUAUCUGGUUGGGCCUGAUGUAAUCACAAGGGUCCUUAGAAGUGGAAGAGGGAGGCACCAGUGUGUGUCAGAGUGGUGUGAUAUGAGACAGAUUCAGCCAGCCAUUGCUAGCUUUGAAGAUGAAAGAGGGCCAAGAGCCAAGGGACGGAGAAGUCAAAGAAAUUCUACCCUGGAGCCUCCAGACAGGAACACAGCCUUGCUGACACCUUAACUUUAGCCCAGUGAGACCCAUGUUGGAUUUCUCACCUACAAAAAUGUAAGAUAAUAAAUUUGUGUUGUUUUAAACCACUAAGUUUGUUAUAGCAGCAGUAGGAAGCUAAUAUUGUCACAUGGUAAUGGACCAAGAAGUCAGGUAUCAACUCCCAAUUCAAGGAACUUUACCCUAAAAGAGACACUUAAAAUUCACAUCCCUAAAGGGAACAGAAAACUCUAAGACACUUGGAAUUCUGGAAACUGAUAACCUUAGUUGGAAAUAAAAUACAGCUUUAACAAGCAAGAUUUACUGUAUGUCAGGCCUUGAAAAUAAAGCUGCCCUGUGUGGACUUUCA